GCCAAUAUGUCCUCUCUCACCGAACCUCCUCCCACAAAGAAGGAACAGCGUAAAGUGACAUUCGACCUUCCCCUAGCGUCGUCCGCGGAGGGGCAGGGCAAGCCCGACAAAGCAUCCAAACCGAAUAAGUCGAAAAAGCCCAGGUCGAAAGGCAAAUCAAAAUCCCUGAUUAAGCCCGGCUCUCCCAAAGCCAAGCUUGGUGCAUCCACGUACCUUGCAAAUCUGCUGAACGAGGAAGCCGAGAGAGAGCAAGAGCGCAGACAGAAGGCAGGUCUGGAGCCUCUUGUAGCGAUUGUUAUUCCCAACGAUUGGGUGUAUACACCGCGCAUAUACGCGAUUGAAGUCGACGAAGAGGUCGAAGAAGCACUGAUACAGUGGACGCGGAAGGUCUGCCGCAUCCCGGACAAAGAUAACCUGCAGAACAGCACCAUCUUCGGCUAUGCCCUCAAGGCCCUACGCCGUGCUACAGGGAUCCGGAGGCUCGAAGUCGAGUUCGCCGUGCGCGAAAGCCGUGACGUGUUCCCUGUGUUCGCCGUCUUCUAUGCGUACCAGUAUUCAACAAUGCACGAGCGAGCAACACAGAAGCAGGUCGACAAACUCAGCGAGAUCUUGCUGGGCCGGCAGCCGAGGUGGUUCGUCGAUUUCCAGAUAGACGGUCCUUGACCUACUACCAAAUUCUCAGGAAGGAUGGAAAUGUGAUCUGCACCCGCGCUGUAAUCUGAGGAACGGGCUCUUCGUAACCCAUAGGAGCGUAUUUUACUCGCUCGUUUACAGUAUACCUUUCAUUAGCAUUUGCGUUUGUGUCACGCUAGCCAGUGUUGUAUUCUAGGUGUUCUCAACAAGUUCAUAUCAAU